ACCAUCGCACUUGUUGCGCUGUCUGUGUAUUCAACCGCCAUGUCGGGCCUGUUUCUCUGCGUGGCCAUCAUUGGACCAAAGUAUGGACGCAUCAUAUCUGAGAGUGGUCCGUUCUCGCCCUCAGGCGCGACGCUCUUGACCGUACUUCUCGCGAAGACAAUCGAAAUCAGCUUCGUUACUCUGUUUCUUGCUUUUCUCGGCCAGGUCAUUACUCGACGAGCUAUGGAUGGGCGGUCUGUUACUUUGGCAAGUGUGGCGAUGCGUUCAUGGGUAAUGCAACCUGGAACCCUCUUCACACAAUGGGAGACAGUGUGUGAGAAAGGAGUCACCAUGCUCGGGCUGUUGUCGCUAUUAGCAACCUUCAACGCUUUACUGUAUACAACAUCUUCAGGGGCUUUAGUCCAGCCCCAAAUAAGAGUUCCACCAUGGUCGCAUCAGGUACUCAGCGGCGUCGUGCAGACACCGAAAUUCAAGAACCUGCAAACUCAGUGUCUGCCAUUCGCAAAUGAUCAGAACACCCCGGCGGUGGGGUGUGUACCUAUUCAACUCACCUCACAGUGCUUACCUACUUUCGAAAACUAUCUUUCCAAGUGGAGGGAGGAUAGUCUGACAAGCUGGCCCCGAGAUGGAUAUGGACGACUGCUUAUUAUCGGAAACUUGGAUGAGAACACCACUGUUUUUCCAGCCUGGAUUGAACAUAUGGAUGUAUCUGAGGCGUCUUCAAAGUGGGGAAGGAUUGUGAACAACGUCACUUUGGCAAUCCCCCACCGCGAUGUCCCAGGUGCUGUUCGAGACAGACGCAAUGGCUUGCUUCAGCCUUCGGAUCUGCGCAACGCCGGAUCGUACUCUAUCCAUGCCUCCGUCCCAGCUCUUGCACUUCAAAGUCUUUGCGUGAACGCGAACCGCGAGGAGCUCGCCCCAAUAGUGUACGAGGCAUGGCCGAAUGCAAAUUCAAGUCGUCCCGGGAACGGUAUAUACAGUAACCCAUCUACAAACAACAGAACUGUUCUCGAUGAGAUCUUCGAUUGGCGGGACAUUUCGUUAGACAAGGAUCAUAAUGACUCGCAAAACUGGACUAGAGCCCGACCUGUCUUUCGUAAAUUUCCGCCUAUCUCAGGCACAGUUCUUAACCAUACGAACUACAACCAUGGCACAUCAGAAGCCUAUGUCCUGGGUAGACAUUCCAAUACGAUAGGGACAGAUUACUUCCUAUGUUCGCUCCAAAUGCAACUCACAACCAUCUGUUCCACACGCUACAAUGCAUCAACAACUGGCCAGACGCUCGAGGUUCUAUGCGACGAGCAACACAAAGAUCUCGCUUAUAAAGCAUCUUCUCCAGAACUUCCGGAAUUCACCAUAGUACAAGACUGGCUUGAUGCAGCCUACGAACUUCUCGAGGCAAUGUCUUUGAACACGGGAGACAUAGCCAUCUAUCAAUCGGUUUCUCGCAUUCUCACAUCUUUGCAACUACAGGAGCCUCGUCUCAAUGAGACACUUCCUUCUCCAGCCGAAGCCCUGGUGUCUUUGGCCCUGUGUAAGGCACUGGAUCUGGUUCAAGGGGUUCCUUUUGCGGGAUCUUGGAUCUCCUCUUCCGAAUCUGUCGGUUCAGCACAGUACCAGACUUUCAACUCUUCGGUUCAGGUCACGCAAUAUAUGUCAGGAGGCAUUUAUGCAUAUCAAAAGGGAUUUUUCGUCAUUCUGGCUGCUGUCUUUGUGGUAAACGUCGUGAUCCUUGUCUACUUCACCGCCAUUAUGCGAGUUCGCUUCAUCGUCGAUAUAUGCGAGCCGCUCGUGCUUUUCCUUCUAGGUUACCAUUCCCUAGCAGACAACCUUUUCAGCGGUGAUGCUGAGAUCAGACCGCAGAAAGAGACGUUCUCGGUACCUUGGCUAGUGAAGGCAAGAUAUGGGCAAUUAGUCGUCGUUGGCCAGGACGAGGCAGACGAGAAAGAGCACUCGAUGUGGAGAGACAAGUUCCACAAUAGGAGGCGUAGGCCGAGCUGA